AUGUGGAAUGUUGUUGAGAAUGGGUGGGUUCACCCAACUAAACUUGAUAAUCCUAAAGCUAGUGAAUCCUCUUAUUCUAAAAGGAUCCCUAAACCAAGGGCUGAAUGGAGUGAAACUGAGAUUCGGGAUUGUAAUCAUGAUUUCAAGGCAAGGAACAGUUUGUUCACCGCCUUGUCAAAAAAGGAGAGAGUUAGAAUAAGUCAUUGUGAGACAGCCAAGAAAGCUUGGGAUCUUCUCCAAGUUACUUAUGAGGGUAAUAAACGAGUUAGAACUCAAAAACUUCAGAGGUUGGUCUUAGAGUUUGAAAACAUGUCAAUGGGGACUGACGAGUCAAUAGAUGAUUUUCAUGCUAGACUUAUCAAUGUGACAAGUCAGUGUCAUAGCCUUGGUGAUCCGUUUGAAGAACAUCGUAUUGUUAAGAAAUUCCUUAGGUCUCUUCCACCUAGUUUUCAGUCCAAGCAAACAGCCAUAGAGGAAGCCCAAGACAUUGACACUUAUUCCUUAGAUGAACUUGUGGGGAAUCUCAAAACUUUUGAGAUGAGGAUUAAUCCUGAAAAAAAGGUGAAAAGUGUUGCCUUUAAUUCUGUCAAAAAGGAAGAAGAAACUGAGGUUAGCACAAAAGACUUGGCCUAUUUGACUAAACAGUUCAAAAAAUUCUUCAAGUCUAGAAACUCUAGUGGUCAAGGCUCAAAAAAUUCUUUUGACUCUAGUUCAAAACGCAGCUUGCCUUCUGAAAAUUCCUUUGAAAGAAACUCCAAAUCAAACAAACUUUUCCAAAAGAAAAACUUCAGUGAAAAACCUAAAUGUUUUGAGUGUGGUGAGAUUGGGCAUCUAGCUGCUGACUGUGGAAAUAAAAAGUAUAGCUCACGUAUGGGCAAAGCUUUGAAAUCCACUUGGAGUGAUAGUGAGUCAGAUACUCACUCUGAGAAUGAGGAAGAGAAUCUUGCACUUACCUCAACUCUUCAUAACGAAUCCUCCCAUGAAUCAGACGAUGAGGAGUAUUCGGAUGAAGAGAUGGAUGGUAAGUACAAAGAACUUUAUGCAGCGUCCAGAUCAAUUCUCAAGAAAAACCAUUUGCAAAGUGAAGACAUUGUCUUGAUUAAAAGAGAGAAAAAGAAAGCUGAGGAUAGGUUGGAGUCAUGUAUCAAAGAGUGGGAAAGUGAAAGAUCUGACUUGGUUGAUCAGGUAAAGACCCUUCAGGCAGAAUUAAAAUCCCAAACCUCUCUUGCUAGUUCUUUAGCUUCGGAAAACGAGUCUCUAAAGCUUGAGUUGGAAGAUGCACAACAAAAGUUCUCUAAGUUUUCAAUCGGGUCAAACAAAGUGUCUAAGAUGAUUGGAAUGGGUAAACCUGAUAAUGACAAAAAAGGGUUAGGCUAUAAUGCUGGUGAGAAUUCUAAACCUCUGAACUUUGUGAAAAGUUUAGGUGUGAGACAACCUGAGAAAGAGAGACGUGGUCUAGGGUUCAUCCCUUACAAUCAAGUUAGAUGUCCUAGCUUUGAAAGAAAUUCUUUUGUGCGUCAAGUCGGUCAUUCAUCGUGGUCUAGGAACUUUACACCUGUUUGUCAUUAUUGUGGGACACCUGGGCACAUUCGUCCUAGGUGUAAUCUGCUGCGAAGAGAGUCUCAAAAGUUGUGGAACUCAGAAAAAGAGAAUAAGAAACUAUCAUUGCAGACUAAACUGAAAGAACAUCUGAGAGAGGUAAACAGGAUUGCCAAACUUGUUUCAAUCCCAAAUGGUCUGGAUCCGAAACUGAAACAAGUUUGGGUGAAAAAGGAUUCAUAUAAUUGUUUUUCUUCUUGUCUGAAUGAUUCUUCAGUGGGUUCUGAAUUUGUUGAUGCAACUUGCUUGUUUUCUUCCAUAUAUUCUGCUUCUAAUGAUUUUGAGGUUAUUGAAGAAACAUGUUUAGUAGCAUUGACAGCACGUUCAGCCAGAAGAGCAGACACUUGGUAUGUUGAUAGCAGAUGCUCUAGGCAUAUGACUGGAGACAAGAGUUGGUUAGUCUCCUUUUCUGAUGAGUACACUAGUGGGUCUGUCACGUUCGGUGACGGAAGGAAGGCAAAUGUUAUAGAAAAAGGGAUUGUUAACACUCCAGGUAUCCCUAAUCUGAAAAAUGUUUUGUAUGUUGAAGGUCUUCAGGAAAAUCUCAUUAGUGUAAGUCAGUUGAAUGAUGAUUAUGAGGAUGUUAACUUCAAUAAAUAG